AUGGAAAAAGUAAACAAUGUAACUGUGUUCAUUUUAAGGGGCCUUUCUCAGAACCCAAAGGUGGAAGAAGUUUGUUUUGUGUUUUUUUCUCUCUUCUACUUGGCUAUUCUUCUGGGAAACCUUCUCAUCAUUCUCACGGUGCGCAUGGGGAAUCUUCUCAAAUAUCCUAUGUAUUUCUUUCUGAACUAUUUGUCUUCUGUGGACAUAUGUUACUCCUCAGUUAUAGCUCCCAAGAUGAUUGUUGACCUAUUAGCUAAGCAUAAAACUAUCUCUUAUGCAGGGUGCAUGUUGCAACUCUUUGGGGUACAUUUCUUUGGUCCCACUGAGGUCUUCAUCCUUAUUAUAAUGGCCUAUGAUCGGUAUGUGGCCAUCUGUAAACCAUUACACUAUAUGAUCAUCAUGGACCAGAAUAGAUGCAAUAAAAUAAUGCUGGGCGCCUGGGUAGGUGGGUUUUUACACUCUGUUAUCCAGAUGGCUUUGGUGGUCCAGCUCCCCUUUUGUGGACCCAAUGUGAUUGAUCACUACUUUUGUGAUGUCCACCCUGUGCUGAAACUGGCCUGCACAGACACGUAUGUUGUUGGUGUUGUUGAGACAGCCAACAGUGGGACCAUCGCUCUUGGGGCCUUUGUAAUCUUGUUAAUCUCUUAUACUUUUAUUCUGAUAUCCUUGAGAAAGCAGUCAGCAGAAGGCAGACGCAAGGCUCUCUCCACUUGUGGCUCCCACAUUGCUGUGGUCAUCAUGUUUUUUGGUCCCUGUACUUUCAUGUACAUGCGCCCUGAUGUUACCUUUGCUGCGGAUAAAAUGGUGGCUGUAUUUUACACUAUUAUCACUCCCAUGUUGAAUCCCCUGAUUUAUACACUGAGAAACGCAGAAGUAAAGAAAGCAAUGAAGAAACUGGGGCAUAGGAAGGUUUUUUGA